CUGCGGACCAACGUUGGGCGUUUGGGCGCUGGAGACCCUGGGCGUGGGCGCUGGAGACAAAAAACUCCGUUGAAAUUGAGAUAUUCUGCGUACGAAGCGCGCGCAUUUCAUUACUAAAUAUGUCGUGUCAACAAAAUAUUCAGGACCUUUACAUAUUUCCUCCAAAAAUAUUCCGGAAGACAAGGAUAAGAGCGUUACGAUUAAUUCGACUCACAGAACAUAAUUUGUUGUCUCGCCGUUUUCGAAGGGUUAGAGCACUGUCGGACGGGUUUCACUGCGUCAUCGGUAAUAAAGAGAGUCUUGUGAAAGUCGAAUUAGGACAUCUGAGAAUUUGUUCAGCUAAAAAAGGGGCUAAAACUAAAGAGAUGAUAGGAUUACCGUUAAAUAGUCAUAUAACUCCCUUCAAUCGCUCAGUAUGCCUGCAAAUUUUGGAUUCUGAUGAGAAAACGGUGAACACAACUAGGACCUUCAACUUUUCCCAGGGACACAUUGCAACCAUGUUCUACAACGCUUUGUGUAAGGACAGGAGUGCUGAUUCAGACAGCGACGAUGAGUCCGAUACCAGCACCACAUCCAGCUAUAACCCCGAUGAUUAUGCGAUUCGAGGCUUGGUAACCCCAUCACCGUUUUCAGACGGAGAGCAUAGCGAUGAAGGAGGAGCGGGUCACUACGACCAGAAAACUAAAGAUGACGCCGUGCCUCUGGGAAAAAACCCGAGAAGAGACUAAACGCAUAUGACAUGUGUCCAAAAGCAAAUUCCGGUUAAUCUAAUCUUCUUUCCAGUUAAUGUGGCUAAAUAUUUUUAGUAUACUUCUAGAGUUGAUGUUCGAAAUACAGUAGAUGAACUAUAAAAGCAAAAACCAUUAUUAUUGUUGUUAUUAUAGUAUUUAUCAUUAUCACCGUUAUCA